CAUAUUGAAAACAAGAGGACAAAGCCAGAGCGACUCUGCUUUUAAGACACGGCAAAAAAGUCAACCAACGAACCCAAUAACAAGGAAAGAGAUUUGUUUUUCAUUUCUAAUGGAAAAAAAACAGCAAAAAUUGAAGUCUACUCGUCGUAGUAGUCGUCGUCUUCCACUAAUUCCGUGGUUUUUUUAUCGAAGACUUUUGAAUAAAGUACAUUUGCAGAGUCUGUCAAUAACCCUUUCUUCACGGUAUUGCUCUCAAGCCGCGUACUGGUAGGCUCCAAAAUUAUCCCUUCUUUAUGGUUUUUGGAACCUGGGUUCUCCGAUUUUGAGGUAAUCCUUAUGUGGGUUCUUUCUGAUUUCGUGUUUUGUUUUAUUAAAAGGACUUCUAUGUUUUUUUGGGGGUUUCUGAAAAGUUCGGUUUUUGCAGGUUGUUGAAAUCUUUGAGUAGAUUUUUGUGGAACAUCUGACUCUCAUGGCGAAGUUAUGUUGCUUCGGUUCUUCAGACUACGAUCUUGUGGUUGGGAGGGCAUCGACUAGUUCUGGAAAAGGGAGAAAUAACGACGGCGAGAUUAAAUUCGGUUACAGCUUAGUGAAAGGGAAAGCUAAUCAUCCAAUGGAGGAUUAUCAUGUGUCUAAAUUCGUGAAAAUAGACGGUAACGAGCUCGGUUUGUUUGCAAUCUACGAUGGUCAUUUGGGUGAACGUGUUCCUGCUUAUCUACAGAAGCAUUUGUUCUCCAAUAUCCUCAAAGAGGAGCAGUUUAGGUAUGAUCCUCAGAGAUCAAUAAUUGCUGCCUAUGAGAAGACAGACCAAGCCAUUCUGUCACAUUCUUCUGACUUAGGCCGUGGUGGCUCAACGGCUGUAACCGCUAUUCUGAUGAAUGGACGGCGUUUAUGGGUGGCAAAUGUGGGUGAUUCUCGGGCGGUUCUAUCUCAAGGAGGUCAGGCAAUACAGAUGACUAUUGAUCAUGAGCCGCACACUGAAAGGUUGAGCAUCGAGGGUAAAGGAGGCUUUGUAUCCAACAUGCCAGGAGAUGUCCCUCGGGUUAACGGGCAGCUAGCGGUUUCUCGUGCUUUUGGAGACAAAAGCCUCAAAACACAUCUACGGUCAGAUCCUGACGUUAAAGAUUCAUCGAUCGAUGAUCACACAGAUGUUCUUGUUCUUGCUAGUGACGGUCUAUGGAAGGUGAUGGCUAACCAAGAGGCGAUUGAUAUUGCGAGAAGAAUCAAAGAUCCAUUGAAAGCAGCGAAAGAACUAACAACCGAAGCGCUUAGAAGAGACAGUAAAGAUGAUAUUUCUUGCAUUGUCGUCAGAUUAAGGUGAUGAAAGAUCUUUUGAAACCCACCAAGGAAAAAAGAUGGAACAACUAGAAAUGGAAGAAACCAAAUAAAUAAGUUUGAUUUUGAAGAGUAGAAGAUAUUUUUACUUGUGUUUUUUUACCUCCGGUGUAGAAUGGUUGAUUGGUUUGCGCAAUGUUUGGUAAUUUGAUUGGAUUUUUUUUUUUGUGGUUUGUGUAAGUGAAAAUGAAUCAUAUCAGAUUUGGUGUAUAAAACCAUGAGAAGAUUACUCUCAAGUGGGUGGGGAGUGUAUAUAAAAAGCUGUGUGCUUCUUCUGAUCUAUGUUAUUAAACAGUUCUCUAUUUUCGUUGUUUUUUUUUUCGUUUACAAUGUUUGUUUUUUUCCGAUAAUAUACUCGCUCAUAUAUUUUAA